GCGCGAUGGCGGCCCCCAUGGACGGGAGCCCCGGCGGCCGGGCGGCCUGGGCGCUGAGGCUAGCGCUGGCGCUGGCCUCGCUGGCUGGGGUGUUGCUGAACGGCCUGGCGGGCGCCCUCCCCACGCAAGGACCCGGCUGGCGGCACCGAAACCCCGACCCGCCGGUCUCCCGCGUCCGCUCGCUGCUGCUGGACACCGCGUCGGGUCAGCUGCGCCUGGUGGACGGCAUCCAUCCCUACGCGGUGGCCUGGGCCAACCUCACCAACGCCAUCCGCGAGACCGGGUGGGCCUACCUGGACCUGGGCACAAAUGGAAACUACAAUGACAGCCUGCAGGCCUAUGCAGCUGGUGUGGUGGAGGCCUCUGUGUCUGAGGAGCUCGUCUACAUGCACUGGAUGAACACUGUGGUCAACUACUGCGGCCCCUUCGAGUACGAAGUCGGCUACUGUGAGAAGCUCAAGAGCUUCCUGGAGGCCAACCUGGAGUGGAUGCAGAGGGAGAUGGAACUUAACCAGGACUCUCCAUACUGGCACCAGGUGCGGCUGACCCUCCUGCAAUUGAAAGGCCUGGAGGACAGCUACGAAGGCCGUUUGACCUUCCCAACUGGGAAGUUCACCAUCAAACCCUUGGGGUUCCUCCUGCUGCAGAUUGCCGGAGACCUGGAGGACCUCGAGCCAGCUCUGAAUAAGACCAACACCAAGCCUUCCCUGGGCUCCGGUUCCUGCUCAGCUCUCAUCAAGCUGCUGCCGGGCGCGCGCGACCUCCUGGUGGCACACAACACAUGGAACUCUUACCAGAACAUGCUGCGCAUCAUCAAGAAGUACCAGCUGCAGUUCCGGGAGGGGCCUCAAGAGGAGUACCCACUGAUCGCUGGCAACAACUUGAUCUUUUCAUCUUACCCGGGCACCAUCUUCUCCGGCGAUGACUUCUACAUCCUGGGCAGUGGGCUGGUCACCUUGGAAACCACUAUCGGCAACAAGAACCCAGCCCUGUGGAAGUACGUGCAGCCCCAGGGCUGUGUGCUGGAAUGGAUUCGAAACAUCGUGGCCAACCGCCUGGCUUUGGAUGGGGCCACCUGGGCAGAGGUUUUCAAGCGAUUCAACAGUGGCACGUAUAACAACCAGUGGAUGAUUGUAGACUACAAGGCAUUCAUCCCCAACGGGCCCAGCCCUGGAAGCCGGGUGCUUACCAUCCUAGAACAGAUCCCGGGCAUGGUGGUGGUGGCCGAUAAGACUGACGAGCUCUACAAGACGACCUACUGGGCUAGCUACAACAUCCCGUUCUUUGAGACUGUAUUCAACGCCAGUGGACUGCAGGCCUUAGUGGCCCAGUAUGGAGACUGGUUCUCCUACACUAAGAACCCUCGAGCCCAGAUCUUCCAGAGGGACCAGUCGCUGGUGGAGGACAUGGAUUCCAUGGUCCGGCUCAUGAGGUAUAACGACUUCCUUCACGACCCUCUGUCACUGUGUGAAGCCUGCACCCCGAAGCCCAAUGCGGAGAAUGCCAUUUCUGCCCGCUCUGACCUCAACCCCGCCAAUGGCUCCUACCCAUUUCAGGCCCUGCGCCAGCGUGCCCAUGGUGGCAUCGACGUGAAGGUGACCAGCCUCUCACUGGCCAAGUACAUGAGCAUGCUGGCAGCCAGUGGCCCCACGUGGGACCAGUUGCCCCCAUUCCGGUGGAGUAGAUCGCCGUUCUGCAACAUGCUGCACAUGGGCCAGCCUGAUCUCUGGGCAUUCUCACCCAUCAAGGUCCCGUGGGACUGAGGCGCUGCCUCCACCCAGUUGCCUUCAUUCUAUGUGGCCAGUAGGGUCGCACGCCUGCCACCUACCCUUUGGGGUCCUCACUGGACUCUCACUGGACUCUGGUCUGGGUAGUCUUCUUUGCAGGGUUACAAACCAGUGGGCUCAGAGCUGACUCUCCAUCCCCGAGCCUUCCGCCCUCCCUUGCUCCUCUCUGCCCGUCACCAGUGGGCUGGGGCUUAAGCUUGGCUGUGGGCCUGGUGGGAUCCUGGGCACCAUUUUCUUAGUGCUGGUCCCUCAGUGUGUGUGGGAGGACACUGAUGGGGCUCAUUAUUGCUGUCACUACUAGCCUGCGGGCCCAUCACCUCAGGGAGCAGUCCGUAUCCCCUUCUCCUGAGGAUAGAAG